CAUGAUUUGUCCCGUUUUACUUUUGCCGUAUAAGGGCAACGUCAAGUUCAACUUAAUUUUCAUUUAACCUCUUUUAGCAGACAUAAAUGGAUAUUGUUUGUUCUGUGUCACCGACAUGAUUUUGUUUAUUUUAUGCUGCUAUGUCAGGAAGGAGUUUUGAUGAUUUCUUUGGAGCAGUUUUAACCCAUAUAUAGGCCAACAUGGUAUAAAGUCAGCGUACUGUAUAGGUGGCCAACAAAAGGGAGGGACUGUGCUUCUAUUUCGCACCAAUUGUACACAUUCUGAUAGAAGAUGGCCGCAACUACUACGAACCCUUCUUCGUCGCAAACGCAAACAACAAAGGUUACAUGGUAUAAACGUUCAUUUCACUGGGCGAUAUUUCUGGGGACGAUUGCUUUCAUGAUUGUGCUUGCUGGGGCAAUUAACAUGGGAAUAGGAUGGACGGCUGGGAGUGGUCUAUCGGGCGAAAUGUCUGACAGUUUCGGACAGUCGUCGAGGCAAGCAGGUAUAGCACUACUGGUUAUUGGGGUCAUCUUUACGAUAAUUAGCAUCUAUUGGUGUCGCUACGUCAAAAAGUCCAAGUCAAAUGCGCCAGUUACGUCUCUUUCUGGAACAACGGCAACAACAACAGAAACUUCCCCAAACACCGCAGAUGCAGAGACUGUGCAACCACCCGCUCUCCAGGGAGGAGGAAAUCAACAGGUCUACGCAUAUCAAUCUCAGCAGCAAGCGGGGACUUUUCAACCUGUUCAAGGCGGUCAACUCCAGUACGCACCAGCUCAACCGGGUAUCGGUCAGUACCCACCAACUCAAUCCGGCAUCGGUCAACCACAACUGGUUCAAGGCAGUCCGAUCCAGUACGCACCAGCUCAACCAGGUAUUGGUCAGUACCCACAAGCCCAAUCCGGCAUCGGUCAACCACGACCGGUUCCAGGCAGUCCGAUCCAGUACGCACCAGCUCAACCGGGUAUCGGUCAGUACCCACAAGCCCAAUCCGGUAUCGGUCAACCACAACCGGUUCAAGGCGGCCCGGUCCAGUACGCACCAGCUCAAUCGGGUAUCGGUCAGUACCCACCAACACAAUCCGGCGGCAUCGGUCAACCACAACCGGUUCAAGGCGGUCCGAUCCAGUACGCACCAGCUCAACCGGGUUUCGGUCAGUACACACCAACUCAAUCCGGCGGCAUCGGUCAACCACAACCGGUUCAAGGCGGUCCGAUCCAGUACGCACCAGCUCAACCGGGUAUCGGUCAAUACUCACCAACUCAAUCCGGUGUCUGUCAGUAUCCACCGGCUCAAUCCGGUUUCAACCAAUAUCCUCCAGCUCAACAGACGUUACAACCGUCAGCUCCUGCGGAAGAAUUACUUCCACCGCCAUCAUAUAAGUCAUAAGGGAACGUCUAACGAUGGAAUGUGAUUUAGUCUCCUAUUCAGAACUAUUUAUACCACCAUCUUGCAUUAAAGGGAUGCUCGAGGCUGAAGAUAUUCAUAUCUCAAUAAAUAGAAAAAAUUUACAGAGCAAAGUGCUAAACAAAUUUGAUCGAAAUCGGAUAAAAAAUUAACGAAGUUAAUUGAAAGUUAUUGAAUUUUAAACAUUUGCAUUAUUCCGGUGAAACAGUUUUAGGUAUAAUAUAUGAAUAUGCAUUAGGUGGGCUGAUGAUUUCCUAUCUCCACGUGUUCUUUUGAAUUGUAUUAUAUGAAAUGAGGUUUAUUAAGAAAUGUUCUACCAAGAACUUAAACAAUUGGACUGACAACUAAUUAAGUGCAUUAGUUAUUUAUUGCCGCAACAUAUUUCGUCAUAAUGGAGGCACAUCAUUAAACAUGUAUGAAAAAAAUGAAACAAUUAUGAUUUCAUCUAAUAACAUAAUAAAAAGGAAAGUGGGGGUGUGACAUCAUCAGCCCACCUAAUGAAUAUUCAUGACGACGUACAAAUGACUGUUUUCACAAAAUAUCAAAUUCAAAACUAUCAAAUUAAAGGGAUGGUCCAGGCUGAUAAUAUUAAUUUCUCAAAAAUAGGGCAAAAUUCACAGAGCAAAACGCUGAAAAUUCGAUUAAAAUUGGAUAAAAAAUAACAAAGUUAUUUAAUUUUAAAAAAUUCCAAUAUUCCGGUAAAACAGUUCUAGGCAUGUCUUUAUGAAUAUUCAAUAGGUGGGCUGUUGAUUUCAUAUCCCCACUUGUUCUUUUGUAUUUUAUUAUAUGA